UGCUGCCCAUUUUCUCUGCUCUCAAACACGAGCGUAGUCCUGUGGACCGGAGUAAAUCCGAGUUAGGGCACCGAGCUGUGCUCACCGCUUGUUUGCCGUGCUCCCUCCUCCUCUUCUCCACUUCUGACCGUCUCCUCGCCCUUACCACUCCCCUUCCACCUGCCCUUUCCCCCUUCUCUCCCCGCAGAGGAGCCGCAGGCAGCGCUCUCUCCCGGAGCAUCCCGGAGGAGCCCCGCAGGACUUGGCAGACCGGAGCCCGGCAGCACCUGGCCCCGAAACCCCUGCCCGGGGCUGGAGCCGGGGCGGCGCUGUCGGGGCGGGGCGGGCAGAGGCAGCCGCCGGCCGGCCCGAGGAAGCGGCCGCGGCUGGGCCGGCCCCGAGCGCUGCCGCCCGCCGGGCACCGGGAGCGGCCCCGGCCCCGGCCGCCCGCACCAUGACGGCCCCCGGAACUCACGGAGGAUAUGAUGUGCUGAUUGUGUAUGCAAGUGACGCCACUGAAUGGUGUCAGUACCUUCGGGACCUCUUCCUCUCUACUCGGCACAUCCGAAAGCAUCGGAUUCUGAGCUACCAGCUGGAGGGCGACUCUGCCAUCUCCCAGCAGGAGCUGGACCUGUUCGUCAAAAGUCGGAGCAUCAUCGUCUUGCUAUCUGUGGAGCUGGUGCAGAGUUUUUAUUAUCCUCCUGUCCUGCAAAGCCUUCAGGAAGCUUUAUGGCCCCCGCACAAAGUAGUCAAGCUGUACUGCGGUGUUACGGACUGUGAUGACUAUUUGACCUUUUUCGAGGACUGGUAUCAGUGGCAAGAACUCACGUAUGAUGAUGAGCCCGAUGCUUACCUAGAAGCUGUCAAGAAGGCUAUUUCAGAAGACUCGGGCUGUGACUCUGUGACUGACACAGAAACAGAAGACGAGAAGAACCCAGUUUACUCCUGCAGCCUUGCCAUGAACGAAGAGCAUGGAUCAUCCACGAGCACUGCUGACCAUCCGGUGGUGCAGCCUGACCGCAUACGCUGUGGGGUGCAGACCACUAUUUAUAUUAUCAUGAAAUGUAGACUAGAUAGCAAAGUGAAAACUGAAGUGGAAUUCUCUCCAGAGAAUGCAUCGUCUGUGUGUGUGCUGGCUGAGAUGGAGAAUGAGUACACAAUCUCCGUGGAAGCUCCAAAUUUAACCUCUGGGACAGUGCCUCUAAAGAUAUACUCAGGGGACUUGAUGGUGGGAGAAACGAGCGUCACCUACCAUACCGACAUGGAGGAAAUCAGCAGUCUGCUGGCAAAUGCAGCCAACCCAGUACAGUUCAUGUGCCAGGCCUUUAAAAUUGUGCCAUACAGCAUAGAAGCACUGGACAAAUUGUUGACAGAGUCACUGAAGAAGAACAUUCCUGCCAGUGGCUUACACCUAUUUGGAAUCAACCAGCUGGAAGAAAACGAUAUGAUGACAAAUCAGAGGGAUGAGGAAUUGCCAACGCUGCUUCACUUUUCUGCAAGAUAUGGGCUGAAAAACCUCACCGCUUUGCUGCUGACAUGCCCUGGAGCACUGCAGGCAUAUAGUGUGGCCAACAAAUAUGGCCACUAUCCAAACACAAUCGCAGAAAAGCAUGGCUUUAAGGACCUCCGGCAAUUCAUUGAUGAAUAUGUGGAAACAGCAGAUAUGCUGAAGAGUCACAUUAAGGAAGAGCUAAUGCAAGGUGAAGAGGAUGAGUCUGUUUAUGAGUCCAUGGCUCAUCUUUCCACUGACCUGUUAAUGAAGUGUUCCUUGAAUCCUGGCUCCGAUGAAGAGCUAUAUGAAUCCAUGGCUGGAUUUGUCCCGGGUGCCCCAGAAGACCUUUAUGUAGAGAUGCUUCAGUCCAAGCCAGACACUCCAACUGCCAGAGAUGAAAUUUCUCUAAAUACAAAAGACUCGAUGCUCCGCAAGUUUUUAGAAGGUGGUAGCAUGGAUGCGCCAGAUUCAGAGGAAGGAGUUUACCAGCGUUGUGGUGAAGACCUAUAUUAUUCAGUGGAACAAGAUCCUUUUCCACAGGAAAUGGCCAGCAGACCUCCAGUUCCUGUUCCAAGACCAGAAUCCAGCUCUCCACAGCCAGAUAAUGAGCUGUACAUCUCCAAAAUUUUUGCACAGAAAGCACAAAGACCUGAGAAUCUCUAUGUGUCUAGAGGAAAGGUGAAGAAAGAGACAAUAGUUAGGCCUGUAAGAGACCUGUCUCAAUCAAGUAUAUACGAUCCAUUUGCUGGAAUGAAAACCCCAGGUCAACGGCAGCUGAUUACGUUACAGGAACAAGUGAAAAUGGGCAUACUCAAUGUUGAUGAAGCUGUACUUCACUUUAAGGAGUGGCAACUGAACCAGAAAAAGAGAUCAGAAUCAUUUCGGUUCCAGCAGGAAAAUCUGAAACGGCUACGAGACAGCAUAACCAGGAGGCAAAUGGAGAAGCAAAAAUCAGGCAAAAGUACAGAUUUGGAAAUUACAGUACCCAUUCGACAUUCUCAUAACACUCUUGGGAAACCAGAAUGUGGCAUAUAUGAAUACACCCCUAGGAAAAAUGUUUUCCCACCAAAAAAGGAGAUAAAGCGAGGAGACUGGAAAACAGAAAGCACGUCCAGCACAACAAGUAGCGCGAGUAACCGCUCCAGCACUCGGAGCAUACUGAGCGUCAGCAGCGGGAUGGAAGGGGACAGUGAGGACAAUGAAGUCUCAGAAGCAAGUAGGAGCCGCAGCCCCCUUGCCCACCAAGCAGAGAGGCUACCCCUCCCGCUGCCUGAAAGGCCUCCUAGAGUGCCUCCUCGAGGUGCAAGCAGGCCUAUAAGCUCUGAAGGCCUUUAUCCUCCACCUGUGCCCCCAAGAGGUCGCUGAAUCUCUCAACAUCUGUGGAAUAUGAGAUUUUUCUGUUUGUAUGUGUGUAUUUGUACAGAUAUUUUUGGGGUUGUCUUAAAUUAUUUAUAAUUGGGAGCCAAAUGUUUGCUUCCCUUUCUCCCUGUCUAAAGUUCUGGUGACUUUACCCAUGAUUUUCAUUGAGACUUUUUGGCCUUCUACAACUUUUUUAUUUAGAAGAAUUUUCAUGCUCUGAGACUUCAAGGAAAAGUCAUGGUUGGAAAAGAGAACACUGCUGUGUGUCUUGGCAGCCCUGCAGCAACACGGAGUUUCCUUUUGAUCAAGAAAGAGGUUGUCCUUUUAGAAACUAAAUCCUGAUACGGAUUGUCAACAAAGCCUUCGAUACAAUGUGCAAAGGCUUUACUGGAAAACAUGCUUCAAAAAGUAAAGACAAUCAUUUUAAAGACUGUGUUUGAAGAACACUCGUUACAGCAGGAACAGAUGAAUGCAUUGCUGUUUGGUGUAACAUUUUGUGUGGAGACACAUUGAAAUUCCAGAAAAUUUAGAAUCUCCUUCCAGUAUUCAUUAAACCAUAGGAGGAUGAAAAGUUA